CUGCGUGCCUACGUGCCAGUCUUCAUCACCACUCAACAAUAUCCCACCCGGCUUUUGCCAAUGUCGGAAAGAUCUGCCAGGUUGUUGUCAACAAUGUGCUUAUGACGCAGGACAUGGCAUCCUCGCUUCUCCCUCGAAAACAAGCACGCAACCCGGAUACUCCUGCGUCACACACCCCUCGGGUCAAAUCCUCUUCCCACCCCUCCCUCCGCCAGACUCCCAUGACCACGCACCCUUCUCCGCUGUCACCACCAUGGUCACGACCUCAGGUUUCAGCCACACUCCCGUGGCGCGCCUCCUGAUCCUGGCCUCCGUUGGCCUGUCCAUCCUCGUGUCGACGCUCUCCGUCCAGUACCUCCUGCCGAUACGACCGCACCCGCAUCUCUGGCCCUACCUGCAGUUCUCCCGCCUCCUGACCUACCAGACCGCCCACACCACCUCGACCGAGCUGCUGUUCUCCGCCGUCCUGCUGUACCAGUUCCGGGUGCUCGAGAGGCUGUGGGGCAGCCGCAAGUUUGCGAGUUUCGUCGCCGUGGUGUUUUGGUGCAAUGUCCUGGUCGUGCCCUGGCUGGUGGUGCUGCUGAAGCUCGUGACCCUGGGCUGGUACAAUUACCUGCCGAGCGGGUCGACCGGGCUCGUGUUUGCGCUGCUGAGCGCCUGGGCGGAGGAGGUGCCGCGCAUCUACAGGUACAAGAUCGCCACGGGUUCCCCGGCCCCGACGGCGGGCGGGCGACAACAAGUCCCCGGUGUGGUCCUGAGUGACAAAUCGACCACGUACCUGCUGGCGGCGCAGUUGGCACUCAGCCAGUUCCCUUACUCCAUCCUCCCCGCGGCCGUGGGCUGGACGGUGGGCACGGCGUGGAUGGGCGAGUUGUUGCCCGGCGGACUGGGAAGAUGGAGGAUCCCUGCGUGGAUGGUCGGCGAGUCGAGCAGGAGGAAAGAACGGGACCGGUACGAAGGCCUGCGGCGCAGAUUGGAGGAAGAAGGCGGUUCGGCGGACGGGAUGAGGACCGUGAGCGAUCGCGUUGGCGCUGCGGGAGCGGAACAAGAGAGUCGGAGGCGAGGCGGGUUUGGGAGACAGAUAUUGGGAUAUUUCACGGGAUCUUCUUGACUACCGCUGUCUCUCCUUGUACAUACAUACACACCUACCUAUUAUUUCUAGCCUGGCCCGGCCCCGCCGCCUAAACAGGUCCUGCAGAAAACGAAGAAUGCUCAUAAAAAAAAGGCUGUGCUACACCUUCUCCCUAUCCAUCUAUAUACACGGUUGGCCGCUGUACAGUGGGGAUCCCAGCAAUGAACCGUGACUAUGGGAAUGAAAGCCGCGGUUCGUGGACGAGUGCACGUGCAUAGGCAUGCGAGCAUGGAGAUUGUAUGCCUUACUUAGUUAAUGUGCCGAGAGGGAUACGAGGGGU